AAUCAAUCACUUCAUUGAAGCGAGAGACAUUUAACCCAGUGUCUAUCUCUGUUGACCUCUAAUCAAAGAUCACAUUGUGGUAUCUUUUCCUUUGUGUGGUGUAUUCUUCAUUUUUAUAGUUCUUUUGGAUAAUUUUUAAAAGGGGAAGAAUCCUAUCCAGUGGCUCCUCUGCAUGAUUGUCUCUUCAGUCCCAGACUCUACUCCUUCGUCCAAUGACCCAGAUCCAGCAUCCCACGCAAUGCCCAAAGACAUCAUGAACCUAUUUUCAACUGUACAGCAGGAGCAGGAGCAAGAACAAGAGCAAAAGCAAGAGCAAGAGCAAAAGCAAGAGCAAAAUCAAGGGCAAAAACAGGAGCAGGAGCAUCGACAGCAUCAGCUUGAACAUCCAACAAAAGACUCCAAAAUUAUAACAACAGUAGUAACUAAAGCUACAGCUACAGCUAGAACUGCAAUAGCGUCCUUGCCCUUAUUGUCUACAUCAUCUUCUCCGACCUCAAUAUCUCUCCCCGUUCUCUCCAUUUCCGUUGCUUCUUCUCAGUCAUCACCGCUGUCUCCUUUUACUAUGACGGAUACAUACAUAGACACCGUUACACCUUAUCUACCUUCGUCUCCUACUACGGAUAGUUUUGUAAUCAUAGAGCCUUGUACAUAUAAUCAACCACCCGCCUCCACUCCUACACUUAUUUAUACUAAAAUGUCCAAUAAUACUAAUCAUAAUUCUAACAGUAAAGAUGCCCAUGACACCAACGAUGGGAUUCAUAGUGCUAACAACAGCACCAGUGGCCUAGUUCUUAAUAAGCAAUCGCGUUUCGCCACCACUGCCGCAACAGUUGUCUAUAAUUCCACAGAUGCUUCACUCCACAAAUCAGACCAUCACUCUGGGAAUAAAGCCUGUGGUUUCCUAGGAUCACUCAGCCCCAAAAACAGUAAACAGAGGAUGAACAAACAGAACAACGGUACAAAGGAGGCAUGCCUAGUACCGCCACCAAUGGCAAAUAUCACGCCUACAGACAUAACAGCUAUGCCUUUGGUUUCUGUUACUACAUCUCAUGAUGUGCUUCCUUCAAUGAUAUCGACUUCUAGUCAAGCGCAUGCUACUACUCAUUACAAGGCUAUGGAGACUUCGAGGCAGCCGAACGCGUAUCUUGGUAGUUGUUCAAAUGAGAGGCAACCGCAAGACCUGCAACCACACCUAGCUAUUUCUGCAGGCGACAGCGAUACCAGUCUCCGUAGCGAUCCGAAACCUGAUACUGGAAAUGAAAAGAGGAUCAGCAAGGCCAAUUGGAGCGAAGGGAACGAUCCAAAAGUGCAAAAGUCUUCCUUCUUUGGGCGGUGCGGGUUUGGGCACACAAGAAGGAAUAGUGGCAAUGGAUGUUCGUCCUUGUUCAGCUCUCCAGCUUUCUUCAAGAAUAGGCGGGGAUCGCUUCCAAUAACCGCACUUGUAGUAUCGUCACCGCCACCUUCGAGUACUGCCACUGAUCUCAAUGAGUCGUCCAGAGGAGCUCAUAGUCAUGGUCUUUCCAACUCUGGUAAUAGGUAUAAUUCUGACUUAUUCAGUUAUUUAGACCCGCAUCAGACUCGAGACAAGCAUAUAACAGUGACAGCAGUUGAAGGACCAACAUUAGCGCUAACGGAGGGGGUCGGCCAACAACUGUAUGAUGCCUCGUUAAGGGAAAGUACUGUUCUCAUGGAUCCAGCCUAUGUGAGUGCCACCACCAGAAGCCCGAAGCCUCUCGCUUCUUCCCGACUUGGGCUGUUAGGACGGUUCAAAUUCCCAUCACUCUCUAUAAGCAGUAUCCACAGAAAUAAGGCACAUGCAGGGCCAAAUUUGCGGCAUCCAGAACCAAUUCCGAGCAAUGUUAGGCGCGGAUCUCUACCUGCGCUUGUACUCGCCCCACGAGCUGAAUCCUCUACCAAAAAUAUGGCGACGCCAAUAAUCCAUGGUUCUGCAUCUGAUUCGACAUUUGCAUCUGUCCAUACGACUGCCAUGGCUACACUUUCAAAGACAACGCCUGGGAGUAGCAAUUACAGCAGUAUCAGCAGCAGUCACCAACGCGGCUUGGAUGUUAGCGGUGAUGCCAGUAGUAAUAGCAGCAAUGGUAAAAAAUCUAGGCACUCACUACCUGGAUUUUUGGAGCAAGCAUAUCGCCCUCAUCAUAGUCCUACCUCUUUGGCCGACAUCGAUACGAACUCGAACAACACGAAUUCUUCGACCACAGUGAAGCCUAACCAUAAGUAUACCGAUCAACAAGAAAAAUUAAGGUCUAACAAGAGCCCUAGUUUGGCGCCUAAUCUCAACCAUUAUCAGGAUUUACAAAAACACAUGUCUGGGCCAGACGGUCUUUCAAGAAUCAAUGGGAGCCAACGUGUUCAAGAACCGGAAGAUAGUAAGAAACAGGUUGGCGUCUGGAACAUACAGCAAGCUCAUGUUUCUGAAUUUGAUUUUGGGAGCGGAGCAGGAAUAAGCUUAGAACUUAGCCUUGGUUCAGCCUCAUCGAAGCGAAUCUCGAAAAGGAGUAUGAGCGCAAGUCAUAUUCCUUCCGAGGCUCUCUUCAAAGAAGGCGAAGAAUUCAAGUCAUCUUUGUCCAACUUAGUUACAAAUCCAGUGCCUUGGGGACAACAGCAACCUUUAUCAACGACUUUAGGCGAGCCAUUGGAUCCUAUUCGCAAUGAACAAGAUAUGUAUUCUACAAUAAUAGCAAUGCAAAUAGAUGAAACAAGGGUAGAGGAGAGUCUGGGAAUGAAAAACAACAGUAAUUGUUCGGAGAAGGAAAAAGAGCAAAGCGAUGAAGAUAGGCACGUAGGUGAAUAUUUAUUCGGAAGCGAGUUGAGGAACAUGUCGUUUGGGGACCUUGGGGUGGAGAGCACGAUCAAGGAGAACAUGAGUGUGGAUACAGCAGUGAAUCAGCUGAAGAGCAAUGUGGAUGGAGAUGCAACUCUAGUAAGAAAUGGCACGCUUUCGAGCCCUGAAGCGGCUACUGGGAUAUCUUCAACAAUGCCUUCGUAUUCACUACCUUCGCAAGACAAUAAUCGAUGGUAUGGGAAGAGAAUUUCAGGAUCAUAUCACAACAAUCAAGCAGAGAUAGCUUAUCCGACGCACCAUCCGCCACCCGCAUCUGUGCUUAGAUCCAAUGCAUCUGCAAGUAGACACACUCCACCCAAUCUUCGACAGUCAUCUGAACCAAAUAUCGUACCAAUAUCUCUGCAAAUACUUAAAAACCAUACCACAUCAAAGAACCCAGCCCUGUGUAUCUCACCUGAGAUGUCAUCAUUAUCUCAUUCAAAUCCAUUUAUCACAAAACCACUUCCAUCAACAACAAUCACUACUGUAAAAAGCGAUUGUAGGUACCAGUCGUUGCCCAAUCCAAGGCCUGUAGUGCCGUCACCGACUUCUACAAUAAAAUCAAAAAUCCCAACAAUCGGAUCGGCAUCAUCAUCCAAUCCAUCAGCAAAAUCGUCUCCUUUUUACUUACAAAGCCGGCCGCCUACCAGCCAUGGGUAUGCACUAGUAUCAAGCACGACUAUGUCUGCGCUGAACCUGGCCACUAUAUCGAUGUCUAGCAAGCCUACUGCCUUCAGUAUGCCUUCGACAACCAUUAAUAGUCAUCCAGGGGUCAGUAAUAACAUCACCACUCCGAAGACGGACUCAGAGCCCAAAACAAGCAACUCUAACGUCCCUUGUUUGGCGCCUGAGGAUCAAGCUGCUGACUAUGCACCAAUCGUUAACUACAGGCGGCAGAGAAGUAUGUCUCUUCAAGAUGCUGAUCUCCUGACAGCGGACCAACUCACUGCUCUCAUGCCGGAUGAAGCGCCCCCUAGGCGCAGAUUCAGCUCUGAAGAACCAUUUCCGGAAAACCCAUGGUGCAGCAACAUUAGAAGGAGGAAAGGCCCACCAACAGACUCAUCUGCGACUUUACGUGAGCUUUUGAAGGAGCUCAAGUCAAAGUGUGCUCUUAUUAUGAAGUACCUUGAUGCGGCUUCAGAAUCCAUGACAGUCGAUAGCAACCACAACAGCUCGGAGGCAGAAGAUGCAGGGCAAGAGCUAAAAGCGACUAAAGCCUGUAAUAUAUCAACUUCAGCAGCAGUUAGCACAAAUGGAGCAGCCACGAGCCCAGAUGGCGAGGCGCCUGUAGCCAUAGUGGCCUCAUUUCCAGCUGUUUGUCCUUUUGAUUCAUCUAGCUCUAUUGAAACGAGUUCGUCGAUUGUAAAGAUCUUAUCGGAGCCAGCAGCAAUACCAAGGACGAAAAUGGUCCAUGAAUCAGCUCAUCCAACGACGUAUCCGGAAGCCCAACGAGGCAGUUUAACCUGCGUUCAGGGCGCUAGCUUUCUAAAGGAAUACGCCCUACCAGAGACAAGCUUCGGUCGAACAUCUUCCAUGAAGCUCUCGUCAACACCAACCCCAACUUCCAUAUCAAAGACGACAUCAUUAAUCAAAAUAGCUGAUGAGAAAGCAAGAGAAGCAAAGCCGGAGAUGGAAGCAUCACAGGGCAGUAGCGAUAUUGAUGACGAUAGAGACUCUGUUGUUCUUGGAGUAAAUGUAGUGGAUAGGGUCUCAGCGCUUUUUGAUGAGGUGGACCAUACCAUGUCAAGGAUGGCUGACGUCAUGAGCAAGCACAUUUCCGCGGAUCAGUUCUCAAAGCUUGCGAGUGAGCUAAACGACAUGUGUUUCCUAGCGCAGGAGGUAUUUCGUGCAGAGUCAGCUCGCCGUCAAAAGAAGUUGGAUAAAUCCCGAGAGGAAAUGAUUGGGGGGCAUCUUACACAGCACCAGUCAAUGACCAAAGGAUCUGAUAAAGAGUAUAGUGGCAGCCCCCAAGCUGAUGUAUUUACGGAUACAGUAAAGCUAGCUUCCACAGCUAACCCGUCAAGUGCAAUGCCAGAAGUGAAUGAUGAUAAAUCGCAAGAGUAUACAGACAGGGGGAUCGUGUAUGAAGAAUUAUCGAAUGGUCAUGCCCAGAUGGUCCGCAAGGAACAGAAUCAACGCCAGCAUCAGCACAAGUAUAAGCAUCAGUACCGUUAUCAGCCACUGCCUCCCCUUAGUUCCGAAGAUACUUGUCUUCCACCUGAAGCGGUGACGGAAAAGGGACGCCAACAAACAUUAAAGAGUUAUAUCAAUGCUGUUUUAUUAGCAGCUGAGAACUCUGUAGCAGAGCAUAUGCGUAUCUACAAUCGGAUGUUGAUUGUUCCGAUCGCGGGGUAUAGGAUUGAAGGUUGUAAUGAUUUAAAAAAAAUUGAGAGAGUACUACGGCCUGACCUUCCCCCUCCAAAGUCGCUCCCAUUGCCCUUCGUUACGAAACCCUCAAGCUCAUUACAGUUCUCGCUCUUGAGCAGAGCUACUGUUGUGCAGGGCACAAGCAAUGUCACAGAUACUAGAAGCAGUUUAGUAGCUGAGUUCAGUGAAACUAACGGAGACAGCCUUACAGAAGAGCAAGGAAUUCCUCAAUUUGAAAGUCAGAGAGAGAAAUUGAUAGCACUCAAAAAUCCUUCGACCGAUUCUCUACAUAAUAGCUAUCAUGAAAACCGACAAAUUGAUCGCGUCAAGGACCUGUCCGAAGCCGAAGAUGUAUUAGAAACUCUUCAGAUACGAGGAGGGAGUAGCAACGUAGGAGUAAGACAAGUAGGUACACUGGCCAUGCGGAAUCCAACCCUUGGUAGGAGACAUCCGUGGAGUGCUCCCAUGGUUGGUACAGGAGCAAGCCCAGAUAGCGCUGUUCAAGUACCGCCUUCUGCAUCACCGCCAGCGCCAGGCUUUUCAAUCAUUAGAGACUGUUCAAAGGAUCAUAUGGGCCAUGAAGCAUAUUACUAUCGAGACUGGUUCCUUGGCAGAGAGCACUGUACGUUCGUGGGACAAGUCGAUGGGCUUGGGGCUGUGAUUAUAUCGAUCAUCAAGGACUUGGUUACCCCAACCGAAAUGCGAGCUCUAAAUAUUGGACGGCCAAAUACUUUGUUAGCACCAUUCAUAUCGCCUGUGUCAGGCUCGUCCAUCGGGUCCACCUGGGGAGCAAAUGCCAGUCAUGGUAGCCCUGGUCGCGGUCAUGUCACAAGGCCUGAACUUAUUCGCUCUAUCCAUAGUCUCUACCCUGCGCGAGGAUCCGGACAAUAUUUAGGAGACAAUGGGCCAGGUGGGGGGAAGUUAAUAACGAACUCACGGGCGAGCUCUGAAGCCAUAAAAAUGAUUCAUUCCUCGUCCAAAUCUACUACUAACGGGAAGGAAAGGUCAGCAAGCUAAAAAUUAAUGCCGAAAGCCAUGUCUAGUCACGUAUUAUGAAAAAGCC